UCUAAAUAUUCUGAGAUCCUUAUUCCUCUCUGCGACCGAGUCUUCCGCUCUCCCCUUCUUCUCUUUUUCCCUCUUCAACUAAUUUCUUUUCAAACCCAGACUUAAUACAAUCUUUUUUUUUUUUUCCUUACAUUUCAUCACAAAACCCCCUUUCAUUUCUACUUUUCAUUUUUUUCCCCAUCACUCAAUCUCAUUCUCCCGAAUUCCUCGUCUUUUUCCACAACAAAUUUCUGGGUUUUUCCUUCUUUUCGCAUUUCUUUUUUGAGAAAGAUAACAGAGCACUCUGUUUCCAAGGACCAGCCUCUCCGGGGGGUGCGAUGCAAAUCAGCUCCUGGGGUUAGGCCCUCUCUCUCUGUAUAUAUAUAAUUUUUCAUUACUAUCAGAAAGUUUUCACCUUUUCAAAUGAUGGGUCUGAAAUUGAAUUCAGAAAUAACGAAAGUUCCGUCACAUAUGGAACACUCUAUAAUUUUUUUAUAAUCGUGCCGAUUCUUCGUUCGAACUUGGGGGGUGGCUUCCAGAAUGGAAGACGACAUGUCCGACAAGAAAUCAAGCUGUGGCUUAUUAAACGCCGUGUUUGGCCGCCGUGGAUUUUGGCCGAGAAGAAGCGCUUCAAAUUCUUCAUUGGCGUCUCUUAAUUCAAACAAUAACAAUUUCGUUAAAACGGCAAACAGCAUGAAUUCGAAACGCCGACGCGGCAGCUCCGACGAGGCGGCGUUCUUUCAUGUUUCGGCGGCCGAGUCGAAACCGGCGAGCAAGGUGGGUCCGAACCAGCAGAGCCAACAGAGGGUUUUGUACUCGAAUCAACAGAGAGGAGUUCCGAUGAAUAACCAGAAUGAGGGCUGUAAGAUAGCGGCACCGCCGAGCAGAGUGGCAGCGGCCGGGAAUGAGUAUGUGGACCAAGGAAGAAGAGUGCCGAAGGAAGCCGUUGGAAUCUCCGGCGAGCUUGAGCUCAUGAUCGCCGAUCACCAGAAAUCGAAGGGGACUAAUGGGUCGCUUGUUCGAGCCUCAUCCAGCAAUGUCAUGCUUUUUGGAGAUUUGGGUAACUUAAGACAGGGAGGGAAUGGAGGAGGAAAUGCAUACAAUGUGGUUGAUUAUGUGCCCAAAACAGCAAGAGAAGAAACUCCAUCAACAAAUGGGAAAUACCAAAAUGGUGGGAUGGGGAAUAUAGCAAAGGGUCAACCGAAACAAAGUGUUGAACAAUCAAAUUCUCUUUGUCGAGCGUUGUCAACUCGAAUGGAUCCCGAGCAACUGAAAAUUAUGGGGAAUGAAGAUUACAAGAAUGGAAGAUUUGCAGAAGCCUUAGCCUUAUAUGAAGCUGCAAUUGCAAUAGACCCGAAUAAGGCGUCAUAUCGAAGCAAUAAAAGUGCAGCUUUAAUAGCUCUCGGCAUGCUUCUUGAUGCAGUUUUCGAAUGCAGAGAAGCCAUUCGGAUCGAACCCCAUUACCACCGAGCUCAUCAUCGACUUGCGACAUUGUAUCUUAGAUUAGGAGACACAGAAAAGGCAAUGUAUCAUUACAAACAAUCAGGACCAGAGGUCGAUCAGGAGGACUUACCCAAAGUCAGGGUUGUUCAGGCUCAUUUGAACAAAUGCACAGAAGCAAGACGACUACGAGAUUGGAACACCCUAAUCAAGGAGACUGGCUUUGCAAUAGCAUCAGGGGCAGAUUCCGCACCACAGAUAUAUGCUUUGCAAGCUGAGGCCUUUUUGAAGCUUCACAAGCACCAAGACGCUGAUGAGGCCUUAUCAAGAGGUCCAAGCUUUGAAGUGGAUGCCUAUACUAAGUUCCUUGGCCCUGUUGGUAAUGCCAAUUUACUACUGAUUCGAGCUCAGGUCGACUUGGCUGCAGGCAGAUUCGAUGAUGCACUGGAGGCAGCACAGAGAGCUGUUCGGCUUGAUUCACACAACAGGGAGACUAACGUAGUGAUGAGGCGAGCUCGAGCUAUUACAGCUGCUCGAUCAAAUGGCAAUGAGCUAUUCAAAAUAUCUAGAUUCUCAGAUGCAUGUCUUGCAUAUGGGGAGGGACUUGAGCAUGAUCCAUACAAUUCUGUGUUGCUGUGUAAUCGAGCUGCUUGUCGGUCCAAACUUGGACAAUUUGAGAAAGCGGUUGAAGAUUGUACGACAGCCCUUAAUGCUCGCCCGUCAUAUGGCAAGGCUAGACUAAGACGAGCAGAUUGCAAUGCGAAGUUGGGGAAAUGGGAAGCUUCAAUAAAAGACUACGAAAUCUUGCACAAGGAAAAUCCCAAUGAUGAUGAAGUCAAUGAAGCACUCUCCAAAGCUCGGAUUCAGUUAAAGAAGCAGCAGGCGUAAAGUAUAGCAGAACAAAUUGAAAUAUAUUCCAUCAUGAUCAUUUGUAUCGAUGAGGCACAACCUUUAUGUAGAUUGUAAAGAAAAAAGGCACCAUUGUGGCCAAGAACCACCGGGAGAUCAAAAGUUGUAAGUGUAAAGUCCAGGGUUUAAAGAGAAAUAGAAGGCGACUACGGAAUAUUAUGACCAGUAAUUUCUCAGCAAAAGUUGGUGUGUUAGGAUUUCACUUUGCCCAAACUUAUUUCUGUAUAGAAUUGUACUUGUAGUUUUGGUUAUUCUUUUGAAGUUUGAUACCAUAAAUGGGAUGGCAACUCUUGAUUAAGCUACUUUUCUUCUUGUGUCUUGAUUCCCCCCCUCCCUCCCUUUUUUGUGGAGCACUUGUACCACAAUUGUGUAAUAAACACUACUUAUGAUAAUUAUUUAAGGGUCUACAAACCAUUCUGCA